AUGACCUGCUACUCCUCCUGCCUCGGUGCCCCCAGCGGGAUGCGCGCCUUCAGCUGCGCCUCCGCCUGCGGACCCAGGCCCGGCCGCUGUUGCAUCACCGCCGCCCCCUACCGCGGCAUCUCCUGCUACCGCGGCCUCACGGGGGGCUUCGGCAGCCGCAGCGUCUGCGGGGGCUUCCGCUCCGGCUCCUAUGGGCGCAGCUUCGGCUACCGCUCAGGGGGCGUCUGCGGGCCCAGCCCCCCAUGCAUCACCACCGUGUCCGUCAACGAGAGCCUCCUGACGCCCCUCAACCUGGAGAUCGACCCCAGUGCCCAGUGCGUGAAGCAUGAGGAGAAGGAGCAGAUCAAGUGCCUCAACAGCAGGUUUGCUGCCUUCAUCGACAAGGUGCGCUUCCUGGAGCAGCAGAACAAGCUGCUGGAGACCAAGUGGCAGUUCUAUCAGAACCGCAAGUGCUGUGAGAGCAACCUGGAGCCCUUGUUCGAAGGCUACAUCGAGACGCUGAGGAGGGAGGCUGAAUGUGCGGAGGCUGACAGCGGGAGGCUGGCCGCAGAGCUCAACAAUGUGCGCGAGGUGAUGGAGGGCUACAAGAAGAAAUAUGAAGAGGAAGUGGCACUAAGGGCCACAGCCGAGAAUGAAUUUGUGGCCCUAAAGAAGGACGUGGACUGUGCCUACCUGCGCAAGUCUGACAUGGAGGCCAACUCAGAGGCGCUGACACAGGAGAUUGACUUCCUGCGGCGACUCUAUGAGGAGGAGAUCCGUGUCCUCCAUGCCCACAUCUCAGACACCUCAGUCAUCGUCAAGAUGGACAACAGCCGGGACCUCAACAUGGACUGCAUUGUGGCUGAGAUCAAGGCUCAGUAUGAUGACAUCGCCACCCGCAGCAGGGCUGAGGCUGAGUCCUGGUACCGCAGCAAGUGUGAGGAGAUCAAGGCCACUGUGAUCCGACAUGGGGAGACCCUGCGCCGCACCAGGGAGGAGAUGAAUGAGAUGAACCGCAUCAUCCAGAGGCUAACAGCUGAGAUCGAGAAUGCCAAGGUCCAGAAUGCCAAGCUGGAGGCAGCAGUGUCCCAGUCUGAACAGCAGGGCGAGGCAGCCCUCACUGAUGCCCGCUCCAAGCUGACUGAGCUGGAGGGCGCCCUGCAGAAGGCCAAGCAGGACAUGGCCUGCCUGCUGAAGGAGUACCAGGAGGUGAUGAACUCCAAGCUGGGCCUGGACAUCGAGAUCGCCACCUACAGGCGCCUGCUGGAGGGUGAAGAACAAAGGUUGUGUGAGGGUGUCGGCGCGGUGAAUGUCUGUGUCAGCAGCUCCCGGGGCGGGGUCGUGUGUGGUGACCUGUGCGUGUCCGGCUCCCGGCCGGUGACAGGAAGUGUGUGCAGCGCCCCUUGCACUGGGAACCUGGCAGUGAGCACCGGCAUGUGUGCACCCUGUGGCCAAGGCUGUGGCAGUGGCCGCUCUGUGCGGUUUGCAUAAAGCCACCCCACAACCCUGCUGCUCCCACUACCCAAUCUCCCCACUUUGGCUACUCUACGCACCACAGUUCCUGUCUCUCCUGUGUUCCUGUGGCCCCAAAGGCUCCCUGGACGUGAGGACGAAGGGCUGAGGUCACCAGUGGCCUGGCAUGGCCUCACUGCCAUACACCUCCAUCUCAUCCCUGUUGGCACUUGUCCCUUCAUCUCUUCAGAGCUGGGCUCCUGGACCA